UAAUUCUGUCAGUUCAAUACAAUCGUGAAUCGUCGUAGCGAAAUUUUGUCAAUUAACAACAGCUGGCCUCGUUACUACUAAAUGUGGUUAAUUGUUUCUAGUGCUAUGUAGUGAUUAUCAAAUGAUUAAUGUAUUUACUAAAAUUGAACUCGGUUGCAUGAAGGAUCCGUUGGUACAGUGACACAGCGACGUUAAAAUACAAGACCAUGUCGAUUCCUCCACUUGUUUGCAGUACUCCUCCUCCACCUGACCAGUGUGAAGAUGACAAAGACCCCGAGGAGUUUGAUUUACAAUAUAAUCUGUCUCAAGAGGACGACUAUGACUAUGGUAGUUUUUCUACUUAUAAUCAUUUCCAAUCUGCCAUAUCAGUAAAUAAACCAUUGAGUGAACCUAUACAUAAAAACAAUUCAAAUAAUGGAGACAGCAGUGAAACACUUAAAAAUGCUUGUCACAAUGAGACAUUGAACUGGACAAAUACUAACAUUGAAAACAAAUUAAAUGAUGAUCAGAAACAGGAAAUUGAGGUAAAAUUACAUAAUGACACUGAAAUUGAUAGUAUGAACAGUGAGAACCAAGAUUCAGACCUAAAAACAGAAGACAAUUGUUAUGAAGACACACAGACCAACAAAAAGAUAAACAAUGAGGAAGAACUAAAUAUAGAAGACUUAAAUUUAACAGUUGAAGAAGAAUCUUUGAAUUCAGUUGUCAAAAAUGAACUGUAUGAUAGUAAUGUAGAUAUUGACAAGAGUACAAGCUCUGAUAAAAACAAAUCACCCCACAUUCCAGAUUUAACCAGUAUUAUUACUAGUGAUCUCCAUGAGACUUUACCUUUAGAUGAGAUAACAAGUACCCCUCCAAGCUUAGAUGAUAUUGAUGAUCCUCCCAAUUCAAUAGAUGACCUGAAAAUGGACAAUGAAAAUGUCACUGAUUCUAUAGAUGUUAAAAAUGAAACAGAAACUGGUCCUACCUUAAAUAUGAAUGAUCAGGUGGAAACUGUACAGGUUCCUGAAACAUUUCAAGAAGUAUUAGCAGAAGUGAACAAUGAAACUGAUGAUGAAUUUGGAGAUUUCAAUGACUUCCAUUCUGCAUCUAAUAUCAGACCAUCAACAAUCACAUCUAUUGUAGAUGCUUGUGAAAAUCCAUGGGAAAACAAUCAAACUGAUUCAAUGGACCAUAGUCAAAUGCCUCAAAGUUCCGAUUUUGGGGCAUUUGAAGCUCAUUUUGAAGAUGCAGAAGAAACGGAACCCCCAAUCUUUGAUGAGUUUAAAUCAGAAGCCGCAAGAAGUGCUCCCGAUGGACAAUCAUUAGAGCAAAAUAUUGUAGAAGAUGAUGAUGACUUUGGAGACUUUGAUGAUUUUAAAUCAUCUGUACAGGAAACUAAGGACCACGAGAAUGACAUACAGGAUCCACUGGCAAGGGUAUUAGAUUUCCAAUCAACAGAAAGUGAAAGUCAGUUACUUGAGAACAUAAGUAAGAUAUUGAAUUCUAUAUUUGAAGAGGAAAUACCGGAGCCUGAGACAGAGUUUGAUGGUAAACUUGAAGGGAUGCUGUGUGAAACUUGGGGCCACCUGCUGGAGACUGAUGUGCGGCAGCCAUAUAUAAUCAACUGGAAUAGUUCAAUAGGACAGAAAACUCUUUUGAAGGCUUUAUGUAUAGAUUCAAGAAAUAUUUUAUUUGGUCCAAAGUGGAGCUACAACAUGCCUAAAUAUGCGGCUAACUUGAGUGCUGCCCCACUACAACCCCAGAAGCAAGCUACACUGUCAGGCCAGACCACCUCAGAAGUGACUGAGAAGCAUGUCAAGCCCCCGGGGACCUGGUCAGACCCUUUCACGUCUGAUGGCCAAGAAUUCACCUAUGCCGAAGCCCUACUCCUAGAUUUAGAACACCUAAUGGCCACCCUAGACCAAAUGGCCCACAACCAUUCCACCCUCAAGAUAUCAGAGUUGCUAUCGCACGCUUGCAACAAGGAGACUAAUGUCGCUGCACCAAAGAGGCCUACAGACUUAGACGUAUUCGACACGGAUCUAACAACGAAAUCCGACAAAAUAUACUCCAGCACUCUUGAUGUUCAACCAAUACGUCAGAUAAACCUGCCCGAUACUCACAUCUUCACACCCACUGACUCUGAGACACCUCGAUCAAAAACAAUUCACUACAGCGGACCCUCAUUUUUGUCGCAAUCGCCUAUGGAGACUGAUAAAAACCCCACCGAGGAGAAAUCUGAAGAUCCAGCUGAUGCUAAAGUUUUAGACGACGCAGAUUACUCCGAUUUCCAAGAUUUCAAAGGUUCUUUCCAAGUUGAUGCUUUAGAAGUGAAACCAGCUGCUGGACUAUCCAUGGACGGUGAUGAACCGCCAUCGAAUCCGAACCAGCUCCAACCAAGUCCAUAUUCCAUUGGCUUACUGCAACCUAUCAAAAUAGAACCCAUCAUACCUACAUUAAACUGGCCUUCACCUGGAGAAGUGAAAGAAACUUUUGAUGAUUUUACCGAAUUUGCUUCUACCACCACUUGGAAUAAUGAUGUCCAAGAAACUAAAACUCCCAGUAUAUACUCCGAGAACACUCCUCAAAUAGACAACACUAGUGUCGUGAACGAUAAUAGUAUUAAAAGUAUUGAGCCACCUAGUAAGAUUAACGAUUCGUUUGAAGAUGAUUUUGAUACAUUCCAGUCGGCUCUUCCACCCAAUGUGCCAACUCUGGCAUCACCUGUUAGGAACUUUAGUAAUUUUGCAUCAGCGGACUUCAGUCAAAAUAAGACACAGGUCGUAUCAAAUCAAGAGCCAGAAUUAGAUUUUGUAUUUCAAAAAAUUGAAACUAAGUCUGAUCCCAUAUCAUUUAACAAAUCAAACGAUAUUUUAAAUUAUAGCGAACCUUUUAUGCAUCAGAAUAAUGUAGCAAUAAGUGUGCCGAAAGUGAAAGAAACAGUUGCAAAAACCCCGGCGCCUUCCCUCGCGCCGCCUCUGAGCGCGGUGUUGCAACCGACAAUGAGUUCGUCACAGACUCCACAGAACUCUGCACAAAUUUUGCAACCUCUAUCUUUAGAGAGUUUCUCGCAAAUCAACUGGCCGAAUCCUGGAAUUAACUUACAAGAUCUAUCAAGAUUUAAUCCAGUAGAAACUCUGAAUUCGCUGAAAACUGACUUGAGCGUCAGUGGCAACAGCAAAGGCGCCUCGCCCGUGCACAGUCAAAAGGCGCCAGUACAAAACCAGCCACCCGAAGAUGACAUUUGGGGCGAAUUCGUAUCCAGCAAACCUAAAUCGCAUCAGUCAUUACCAAAGAAAACCACUACGUUCGUCGAUGACGACGAAUGGACCGAUUUUGUGUCGAGCCCUUCGGUAAAACCCCAGAACGGAUUAAACACGAUAAGUUUAAACGUUCACACGAACUUAAGUAUUCAGAAAUCUACGAAACCAACCAAACAGAAUAACCAAGCACUGGAGAUACCAAUGACGCAUUACAUAACACCUAAAUCGAGCAACCAUAGUUCUUAUAACGACAGACACUUUCAAAACUUAUAACGACACAGAAUCAAUUAUCGCUACUUACUUAACUGUACUUAAAUAUUUGUAAAUAGGGUGGUGGUGAUUCAUACAGUAUGAUAUUCCUUUUACCCAGCGCCUGGUUGAAGAAAGGGCGCUAUUCUUGUGAGUAUUUUUUUAUUUAGCUCUUUAUAUUGUUAUUUUAAUUUAAACAGUUGUUUAAAAAAAGCAAGCGCAAACAAAGUAGGCAAGGACGUGACCAAUCAAGCGCAAAGGAGUGUUCUGCUUCAUUGCCUGUUUAGGUCAAAUAUCGUGGCGACGUUUGACCCUUUUUAUUUUAUGUCGGGCUUUUUGGACCCGUGUAACAGAUUGAAAUAAAUAUGCGGGCUUGCGAAAAGUUAUACACCUAAACUUAAUCGUGUGUUGCUCCGUAGAAAACGGGAAUUUAAACCGGUUGGCGCGUAAGUAGUAAUACUUACGUCGUUCGUCAUUACGGUGGUCCAAUACACUUGUGAGAAAAGCGCUAGUCACUUUAAGGUCCAAAUCUAUUCGAAAAAGCACAUACUCGUACAGAUAACUGGAGCUAACACAGUUUCAAUCCAUUAUUAUACUGACAUGGCCAAAUAAAUAGUUAGUUUGGCUUACGUUAUCCUGCAAGCGUCACUUAUUUAGAAGUUGAUUAAUGAUGUGUUAUAUAACUUGAUAUACUUUAUUUAUUUUAUAGUCAUAUGUUCCCGUCCAAUUUGGAAGCGAUAUGAAAUAAUGUUUAUCGCAAAUUAAUAAAAUUGUGAUUAUAUUAAUAUGUACAUACGUGAUUUGUGAAUUUUAGUCUAUUUUAUUAAUUAAGUAGAUUAUAUUUAUUGAUUCUUGUUUAAUUUCAUUGUGCGCAGCAAUAAUUAAAAUACAUUAGUGGCACUUAUUGAUAAUAUUGUAAAUUGGUAGUUAUUCGUUCGUAAAGCAUCACAACACAACAAACGCAUCCAACAAAUAGUUUCCUUAGUAAUAAGUAAAUCCAAAUUUGAGUUGUUGAAUGCCAAUUUAAUGUCUAAUGAGUUUGAGUACCAAUGUUCAUUCAAUGUUUCAAUUUUACACGCUAAAAAAUUACUCUGUAUUGCCCUACAAUCAAAUAUGUAGGUACCUAAUAAAAGCCUUUGACUUAAGUAAUGUAUAAGUUAUACUUUAUGACAUGAAUGGUCAAAGAAAGAACUUCUGACAUGCUAAAUUGAGAUUGCAACUGUACUACUGUCAGGUCUAAAAUGGCAUUCCCUCCUUACCGCGUUAGCGCCCGUUUAGUUGCAGCAGGGGACAGUAUUAUCGCAUUUUUGUCGACGCCGAAUACGUUUAACCCUUUGAACGCUAGAUGAAAGAAUGGCGAAGGAAUAUGGCGUGCCCCGGACCCCAGGACGCCUUACUUGCCCUUAACCUUAGGGUUUCUUUGAGUUUCCAGCUUUCUGUAGGUACUUGAAUUUUUAUAUGAUCUCCUUAACAGUAUUCGAUUUAUGACAAGUUAAUAUUUAUCAACUUAUCUGCGAAAACAAGUUGGUGAAAUGAUCUAUACCUAGUCCGUUUUUCUAAGAUACAAGUACAUACACCAUAGUAAAUGUAUGGCGAACUCGAUCUUAGAAAUUGGACAGGCAUGAAAUCUUGGGCCCAAAGUUAUAAAUAGGUGACAUUGUUGGUCAAAGCACUACAAAGACAUGUUUUGGACUUGGUUUAGCGAUGAGAGCGAAGUUACAAUCUACCCUCUGUGUGUGUCCCUUUCUAUUGCCUUUUUACAGAUUUUAAUGUAGUAUUUUGCAACAGUUACGUUAGUUCAUCGUCAGGCAAUUCAAGAAAUCAUUCUAUUCAUCACGAUGAUUGAUAAUAACUAAAAAAUAUAAAAACCUAUGAACAAGAAUGAGGAUUCAAUAAAAUCUUGAAAUUGUCUACCAGUGCUCGAUAUACUUACCUACCUUAUGUUUGACUUUUAGACGUUCUCCCUGUAUAUUAGUUGGUUCAGAAUUGUUCAGAUAACUCAUGAAUGUAUCAUGACAUUCAUGACUUCUUGACAAAAUCUGAUGUUUUCAUACGAAUUUAAGGCCAAUAUCAAUUGCGUUUAGCAAUUUAUCAGUGUCAGUGUGCGACUGUUUAUGACAUAAUUAGGUACAUACCUAAUAUCAAAAGGAUGUCUAAGUACUCGGGAAUAUGACUACCGUUUAUUGCUGUACAUUAUUCGAGAGAAGAUAUUCAUUAUCUUUCAUUAUAAUAAACUGCAAGAAAACCAAUACCUAAUCUGCAAAGUAGCAGUUUCUGCGUCCAUUCAACGUAAAUUUAGAAAAAAAUAGGGUUAGGUAUGUCUGCUUAAGUACCUACACCUACCUUGCUUACUGUGACGUAAAACAACUAUUUUGAUCGUGUAUUUAUGAAUGCUCUGUUCUCUGCCUGCCUACACUCUCUCCACCAAUUAUAGUUACCUCUCGCGUCGAAUGAUCAUCCCCAUGACAAUUCAUUCAAGUUUCUUUCGGUUGGGCUUAGUGUGAAAAAGAAUUGAAGGAAUAUGUUUUUACCGUAUUUUUAUUAAGUAAAUCUUAAAUAAAUCCAUGCUAAUCUUCCAAAAAUGCCUACAAACAUGUUACGUAACAGCUACUCCAUACAAAAAUGAACCAUAAUUCGACGCGAGCGGUAAGGAGUAGCGCUAGGCUAUAAAUGGCUGCCGGCGGCCUACAUAGCACUGAGAAAGUUAAUUCAUGGCUAAUAGGGAAUAUUCCGCAAAACUCUGCGUAGCGGGCGCCACUAGCACAAACUGUAAACAAACCGCCUUGAUGCAUCAAUGUUAUAUGUAUAUCAUAUAACUAUAUGUAACAAAUAAUCUGUGAAAACGUGUCAAAAAACUGUUUAAGGCAUAGUAUAUACAUAUAAGUUACUCUAUGGUUUCAGGUUUGUGUUAGUGCUAACCUCUGGCGGCAGAGCAUUGAAUUAUACUCCGUAUUCCUAAGGUUGUUUGCUAUUUGUAUUGUUGUAUUUUCAUUGCACUUAUUUUUCUAUCGAGUGCAUGUUUUUAUGUAUAUAAUGAGAAACUAACACCAGACAGCAAUGUUUAGUUUUGUUACUAUGUAUAAUGAUCUAAUAUUGUUAAAAUGUAAAUAUGUAUUGUUAAUAGAAGAGAUAAACCUUA